CGCAAAACGACCAAACAGAGAAACGGGCUGGUUCUAACGUAAACAGGUCUUGGCUAAGCUUCUCCCUUGGAAAAAAUGAGAAGAAAAUUCUUUAGGCAAGUAUUUGGUUCAUAGUUGAUUGAGCCAGGAGAUUUUUAGCUCUACGAUGCGACUAGCUGAGCCAGUCGAAAUCACAUUAAGGCUUUUUUCAAUUGCACAUUGUCGACCUAGCUUAAAUGCAUUCGUAUCUUUCUAAGGAACAGCGAGAAAGUUAUCUCAGAGAACUGUUCUACUCUUCGUUUAGCGACCGAAGAGCGAGCGUAGCUACAAGAAACGAAGAAGUAAAAAGUCUUGGGAAACAUGUACGGAAAUUGUACAGUUUAGUAGAGGUUGGAAAGGGUCUUUCCCCGGACGCCGAAUCGUCUCUGAAGGAAAUCAUUAAGAUCCGCAAGAAAAGAAGGCCUGGCUUCUACGAAACGAAAAUGAUGGCGGAUUAUAAAAAGCUUCUGUUUUUUCGAGGACAAAGGGAAGAAAUGGAGACAAAUAUUGAAGAGCAGCAGUGCUUUCAAUGCAUUCGUAACGCAAGAAAGCCAUUAUCUGUGCUUCGCGGAGACGACUGGUAUUGGGGAACAAAGCAACAACUAAGAUGCGGAGAGAUAAUUGCAGACACACUUGGAGGACUUGAUCCUGUAUUUGGAAUCUUAUUGUAUCCAGCAGGUAACUAUACCACCCCACAAAAUCUCGUCACUCCCCUUUCGAGUAAUUGCGUUUUAAGUUGUCUUUUUUCGCCAUAAAAUAAGAGUUAGUUUUGUUGUCUUAUGGUGCUUUAUUCUUUCUUGUCUGUAAACUGAAAAGACUUCUUGAUCCCAGGAUCGAAGGGUAGAUGUGAAUGUUCUUUGCGUGCUUUGCGACACAGAUAAUUCUAGCUAAUGCUAGAAUUGGGCUUCUGGCCUGGCCUUAAUCCAUAAAUCAGUAAGAUGCUAUUCAAUUACUGUUACUAGUGCAUUUCGUUUUGACACCUGCUUGCUUGUUUGUUUUUUUGGAGACCACUUCUCUCAGCUUGAUAGCCUGUCAUGUCAAUAUUUAUUUUAUCAUUUUGUUGAAUAUUCAAAACGACCUACUUGUGUUUUAGAGCGCAGCUAAAUUUAUUAACACGUAGUAUAACAACUGACUCAAGGAACAAGAGAAAAUUGUCUAUCACCCUUCGAAUAGCACGGAUCAGUAUAAGCUAUCUAUCGAUAGUUUUUUUUAGGGAACUCUGUCAUGAUUGGCUAAAGAAAGUUGAGAUUUAAUCGCCGAAGAGAAAGAUGUAGAAUAAAUCGAGGAGGAUCCGUCUAUCUCGAGCUGCUUUGUGUCAUAUAAAACUCCCCGCAACACAAUCACUCCCAACCACUGAGAUGAAAACUUGCGGUACAUAUCAAGCGCGUAUGAUCCGUAGUUCUCAGCAUUUUUAGAAGGAUGUCGCCCGUGAACAUAUUGUCGUUCACGAAUGAACAACAACCUUGUUAAAUAGCAAAGCUUCAGAAAGGUGGUACAUGUAUGGAUCGCAAGUGGGGAGAAAGGGGACAGUAGUUAUAGACGCAGUAGCACCCGCUCGCCAUUUCCGUGUCGAACCCUGCAGGAUUCUGCACCAUUUUGUAUGAUACCAGUAGCCCUCGCGAGCUCCAGGUAUACAUGAAAGUUUCGGUGAUCUAGUUUUAAUCCACAGCUAUAUUUGUUCAAUUUGCAGGAGGACGAACAGAGCUUGCCAAUCCAAACAACAAACACUUCCGAAUCACGGGCAAAGAACAAGAAGAAAUUGAAGCCAUACUUUACCACACUGCUACCCAUGAUGCCUGCGGCUACCUGAACGAGUACCACCAAAUUGGACCUGGAUACAACUACCUUGGUACCAGAUUAACUGUCGUUCCGACGUGCUUUCCGCAAAGCGGGCGAUUAGCUGCUCUCAUGUUCUGGAAGAAGUUGAUCAAUCAACCUGACACGCCAUUUGAGUAUUAA